GAAAAACAAGCUCAUUAACCCAGACUCAGCCUGACAUAGCAAAAGAUACAAGCAGCAUUCACAUGGUGAGAACUCUGGCUUUGUAGGUUCGUCGUGGGGCCUGUCAGAAUCCUGUAUGAUUGUCUCUAGACCAUGAAGAGGAUGGAGAGGCACAUGGUCACGGGUCCUGUGUAUAAGCACUUCGAUUUGGAGAGGAAGAAUGCCAGGCGGGCUGAAGCCAGACUCCGCCAAAGACUGCACACGCUGGAGUACAUCUGCCUGUACCAGAUGAAGCUGCUGACCUGGGAGCAGAGACAGCUCCAGAAAGAACUGCAGCGCUUGCAACAAGCAGAUAUCCUCAAGAAAAAGCUCUCCUCUUAUUUGGGGAAUGGAAUUCAGAAGAAACCAAAAGAUGCCCUUCCACCCUCAUCAACAAGAGGACAGAAGCACCGAGUUCCACAGGUGAAUAAAGUUAGAGCACUGGUCACCAACACGACCCAAGAAAUACAUAAAACCAAAUCCCAGAUGCCUCCUUUCCAUCACACUGCCCUAAAGGACUCCAUGAAAAGCAAAGAAGAGUCACUAUCUCAAAAUUACAGAGCUUCCCGCUCUACAGCAGAGAAGCCACGAGCCCGUGAGAAAGAUUGUCCAAGCCCCCCAAAGGGCAAAGACUCCAACAAGGGCAUCUCUGUUCUUUGUCAAGAUCAAGAUGUCUCCAUCAACACCCUAGACCAAGGCCCUGGUUCCAGCCCAGCUGGUGAGAGUGGAAAAGCACACAUUGAUGAGGCCGGAUCCAAGGAUGCCAGCCUACAGCCAGACCCCAACACUGGCAGACAAAGUCCCCUGAAUCCCAGGGAAUGCGCAGGAUAUUUGAAAGACGAGUCCGUAACACCUACCUUCUUAGAGCUGUUUGUGAAGGUCAGAAAUGCCCACUACCUCCGACACAGGGUUCCCCCCGAGUCUGAGAGACUGCUUAGUAUUGGGGAGAUAUUCGGUCACAAGGAAUCCUUCCAGCCCAGAGGAGGACAGGAGUGUGAGAACAGGGCAGGCUUCCUUCGUCUCUAACCAUCUAGCAUAACCUCACAAGAACAUCUAUCGUACUCACUACAGAGAUGUGUGCCUCAAGUAACUGCAGUAAUUAAGAUAUAUAAUAUAUAUGUCAAUAUAUAUAAUAUUAUAUAUAAUGUGUGACAUAUAAUAUACAAUAUACUCUAUAAUAUUAUAUAGAGAUGUGUGCCUCAAGUAACUGCAGUAAUUAAGAUAGAUAAUUCAUAUGUCAAUAUAUAUAAUAUUAUAUAUAUAUUGUCUGUUUGCUUUAAACCCUCAGGUUUUUCUUUUUUUUCCUUUUAUGGGGAUAUAAUCUUUCACUGAAUGAGCAAUACAAGUAUACGAAAAAUGAGGGGAGAGAUGAAUCUUCUGAAAACUCUUUAAGGGGUGCGCACUUGUUGCUGAUGUCAGCAAAACUAGGAAACUACACUGACAACUAGACUUUUCCUGAAAGGAAAAUACCAAGGGUCCUGCUUACGUUGCCGCCCCCUUAUAGGAGGUUCUUAUGGCGCCACCUGCUGGCAAAAGGACAUAGCUCUUCUGUCUCAGUUCACCAGCAACACAGUGGGAACAGGAACGCGGCUGGAACCGAGUAUCCUCAUAGAUUCCAUAAUCAAAACCUGCUCGCCCACCAAAGUCGUUCCUUUAUCCCUCCCUCCCUCCCUCCCUCCUUCCCUCCUUUCCUUCCUUCCCAGGGGGCUCCACUUUAGUU